CAAUAAGCUGUCAGUUAGGUUUUGAUUUCAGUUAUCGGUGCACACAAGUCGCUUAUUAACGCAAAAUCAACGGCCAAGCUCAUCUGCCUAGUAUUUGGCAAUUCACUAUUGCUUGCUUCAAUACAGUAGAUUUGUAAUAUUUUACGUGAAAUUCAAAAUAUAACAGCAAACUGGAGCAGACGGUAAAUUACAAUUACAGAAACAUCCAAUAAACGGACUUGUGUAUCUACUGCACUGAUUAUAAAAUGAGUGCUGUUGUAAACUUAGACAACGCCAACAAGUUGUUUGUGUCAUCUACUACCAUAGUGAUACCUAAUACUAAUAAUAAUAAUAAUAAUAACGUUAUUGAAAAUAAACGAAUCAACAACAAUAAUGAUGGCGCCGCAAUCAUCGAGAUUGAUAACGCAAUCGUUGCCGAUAACGAACGGUUCAACAAAAUGGCAAAUUUCGAAGAUAUUGUGCAAAGAUGUCGCACCGCGUUCGCCAGUGGAAAAACAAAAGACGUGAAUUUCAGGCGUAAACAGUUAGAGAGCCUUUUAAAGAUGUAUGAGGACCAUGAAACUGAAAUGAUUCAAGCACUGGAUGCAGACUUGCGACGCCCCAAGCAAGAAAGUUUAGUUGUUGAAACAGAAUUUCUCAAGAACGAUAUCAAACACAUAUUAUAUAACCUUAAUGAUUGGGUAAAACCCGAAACACCUGAAAAAUCGUUGGUGAAUUUACUGGACGAUGUACAGAUCUUCAAUGAUCCCUAUGGUGUAGUUCUAGUGAUUGGUGCAUGGAAUUAUCCACUACAACUGCUACUUGUGCCAGUGGCAUCGGCUAUAGCUGCAGGAAAUUGCGUCGUAAUUAAGCCAAGUGAAAUUUCCACCAACUGUGCUAAAUUCGUUACAGAAAUGGUACCAAAAUAUUUAGACAAUGAUUGCUAUCCAGUUGUAUGUGGGGGACCCACGGAAACCGCUGAAUUGUUGAAACAACGUUUUGACUACAUUUUCUACACUGGCUCCACAAGAGUGGGUAAAAUAAUACAUGCCGCUGCCAAUAAGUAUCUAACGCCAGUAACUUUAGAAUUGGGCGGCAAAAGUCCCUGCUAUAUUGACAAAUCAGUUGAAUUGCGCACAGCUGCUAAACGCAUACUUUGGGGUAAACUUAUCAAUUGUGGUCAAACGUGCAUUGCGCCCGAUUAUGUGCUGUGCUCGAAGGAAAUCCAAGAUAAGUUCAUUGCCGAGGCAAAAGAAGUGCUCAAAGAGUGGUAUGGCGAGGAUAUCAAAAGCAGUCCGGAUCUCAGUCGUAUUAUUAAUCAUAAUAAUUUUCAACGCUUACUUGGACUGAUGAAGAGCGGCAAGGUUGCUGUCGGUGGAAAUUAUGAUGCUUCUGAACGAUAUAUUGAGCCAACCAUACUAACUGAUGUCAAAACUGACGACCCCAUUAUGCAAGAGGAAAUAUUCGGACCGCUUUUGCCAAUUUUCACAGUAGAAAAUGCCUACGAUGCAAUUAAAUUCAUCAAUUCCAGAGAAGCACCACUUUGCGCGUAUAUAUUCACAGCGGACGCUGCGGUACAAAAUUUAUUUAAACGUGACAUCCAAUCGGGCGGAAUGUGUAUGAAUGAAACUAUAAUGCAUUAUGCUGUCGAUACAUUGCCUUUUGGCGGCGUUGGAUCUAGUGGCAUGGGACGCUAUCACGGUAAAUAUGGAUUUGAAACAUUCACACAUAAGAAAUCGUGCCUUGGAAAGGAUUUGAACCCAUUGGGCGAACUCUUAGCAUCUGGUCGUUAUCCGCCUUAUUCAGAUCGUAAAUCUUCGCUAUUGGGUUUUCUGCUGCGCAAACGUCGACCCUUUCCGAAAAUAUACCUGUCACAUUUAUUAGCCGUGGGACUGGGUAUUGGCAUCACAGUACUUUUUACUCAUUAUUUACAGGCGAUAAAAGGAAAAUUAUUUUCACGAUAAUAUUGCUCUUCCUAUGGCCGAUUUAUAUAUGUACAUGCAUUAUAUUGAUCAACACAUUCACCAUACAAGCUUUGAUGGUUUUGCUUAUAUAUAUACAUACAUAUUUAUGUACGAGUGGGCUUUUCGAUGAUCAGCAUCUCAUCGUGGUGGUGUCUUAAACUGGUACAUACAUGUAUACAACUGUGUCUAUGUUUUUUACAAGGCGCUCCAGCACAUUAAUAUACUUAUAAUUACUCAAUAAGCUAUAGUUUGCACCUUAAUUCACGAAAAUCCUUUCUAUAUCAACUUAGUACACAUUUAUUCAUUAAUUAAAUAUAACCUAUAAAAAUCUAUUAAAAACUAAAAUGUAUUUGCAAACAUAAAAUACUACAUAAAACACAAUCUGUGGAAGUUUUUGUUUUGUAUUUGCGCUAAAUGCAUAAAUCCUAAAAGUAGAGCUAAAAUUUAUCGCAUACAUACAUAUAUAAAUUGUAUUUACUUACAAAUAUUUUUAUUAUCCUUUUGCAGAGUGGUAACGAUAAGAAAUGAUUGUUCAUUAAGAAAACUUAGUUAUACUAUCAAAUGCUGAAUGUGAAAUAAGCAGGUCGUUGACUUGAAAUAUGUACAUACAUAUAUGUUUUUCUAAAAAUGUUAUUUAAUAUAUAUUGUAAACUUAUUUUAUAUGUAAUAAAAAUAAAUAAAA